AGGCCUUAUUAAAGAGACUGGGUCCCAACGCUUAUCCUUUCAACAUGGAAAUCACCCCCUUGGCGCCCCCUAGCGUGCAACUAGUGCCGGCAAAAGAGUACAACGGUGCUCCCAUCGGAACCAGUUACGACAUCAGAGCGUACGUUGCCGACAGAGCGGACGAGAAGCUUCACAGACGGACGACGGUCCGAAUGGGCAUCCGUGUUGUCCAGAGGGCGUUCGCGCCCCCCUCCCCCCACAUGUACGUCCCUGGCGGGGGCGGCAGUACGUGCAAGGAGAGGGCCAAACAGAACAUGAAAGCGCUCUUAUCUGGCUGCAAAAGCGCGCCGUUGGAGGCCACGUUUACAAAGGGCGAACAAGCAAUAUCGAGGUCUACGGAAAUGAUGCCUCAAGGAUACACAAAACUUAAUAACAUAGGAGACAGUCCAGAAAUCAAAAUGAAGAACUGCCGAUUGGCCGCCGACACAGCUAUACAAAACGGUACAACUCUUUCAGUGCCUGCGUUACACACUGAAGAAAAGCACAAUCCACCGUCAAACGAAGACGCCAAAUGUGGCACUCACGUCUCCUUUAAAGAACAAUCGACAAACGACUCGAGGACGUCACUGGAAACGGUACGGGGUGCUCCUUUAGCGGAAGAAGAAAGCGAGUCUCCUGACGUCAGUGAAACACAGAACGAACCCUCAAAGGGUACUGUCGCGCGCGAAGAUGAGAAGGUAUCCACAGAUGGCGAUAAGAAAUUGUGCGACUAUUACCGUUCCCUUUGCGGGGCCAAAAGGCCCAGCUUAGCGGCCUAUCUAGCGGGCGUGCCCGCCCCCAAAGCCUACGCGGAGAAAUUCUACAUGCUCAGCGACGGCAAAAUCUAUCUCACGGCCUCCUUGGACAAAGCCAUCUAUUCGCACGGCGAGGAGAUUAACGUCAACGUCCAGAUCGAGAACAACAGCAACAAGACCAUCAAAAGGAUAAAGGUCUUCGUCGUUCAGCACGUAGAUGUGUGCAUGUUCUCCAACGGUAAAUUUAAGAAUGUAGUGGCCAUGCUGAACGCCAAAGAAGACUGUCCCAUCCACCACGGGGGUUACCUGGACAAGACAUACACCCUUAUCCCCAUGAAGAGUUCAACGAAAAACUGGAUAGCUCUGGAGGAUUCCUACACGAAAUCUGGGACCAGUUUGGCUUCCACAGUGACGUCAACUUUCCAGGUGCACAACCCCGACGACCGCAACGUGUUCGCCAUCUACGUCUCGUACUAUGUGAAGGUGAAGCUGCUGGUGAGCCUGAUGGGCGGCGAGGUCAGCCUGAAGUUACCCUUCACGCUGAUGCACACCUGCACGGAGUUCGAGCACGCCGAGACGCUAGCGAGGGUGAGGCCGGACGUCCGCCUGCAGCUCAAGACCGACGCCUCCGCCGAGCCCAUAAAGCCCGAGAAGGACGGCACGUGAGACAAGGAGGAAAAGGUCGUGGUGGAGAUCAACAAAGCCCAGGCCGAAACCGCCCCCGCCCAGGACGUCGCAGGGCACCCCAUAAAAGACGACGACCCUACACAGGAGACCAAGAAGACGGGGACCAAAGCGAAAAGCGAGAAUCUCGACGAAAUAGUGACGGUGAAAAGGGACGACGCGGACGAGACGGGCAAGCCCCCCGAACAGUGCGUCAACGGGGGCCGCAGGGAGGAGGAAGAGGAGGAGGAGGAGGAGUGCAAACACAAGGGGUUCAGUUUCCAGAGAGCGUGGUGUUGCCUGAGGACCAGGCGCACCUCAUAACGCCGGUUCGGCGGGCGCGGCGGACUCAGACUGUCAAAAUUCGUAGGGGAUGUGUGUACGUUAGGACAGAAAAGACGCUAUGUAAAAUAUAAAACAGCUUAGGUUAACAGUCGUAUGUUUAGAGGUAUGUUUCGAAAGGUGUUUAACUUCUCGGUUGGUUUUGUAAUAUUGAAGUCGAUUUAUCUUUAUGCCAAAGUGGAUUUAUGUACUUAUUUAUGAAUA